AUGCUGACUAUUUCUCUCUUUCUUUCUUUCUUUCUUUCUUUUUUUCUUUCUUUCUAUGUGUCUUCAUUAUCUAUCUAUCUAUCUAUCUAUCUAUCUAUCUAUCUAUCAUUCUUUUCAUUAUCUAUCUAUCUAUCUAUAUAUAUAUAUAUAUAUAUAUAUAUUUAUAUUUUUAUCUCUUUAUUAUCUAUAUCUGUCUCUCUAUUAUUUAUCUAUUAUCUAGUUUUUCUUAUCCAUUCUCUUUCUCCCAUUCUCUUUUUCGCAAUGCCUAUUUAUUUCCACUCUCAACAGAGUGCCCCUUACCUUCACAUACUCUCUCUAUCUUUCUCUCUCUCUCUCUCUCUCUCUCUCUUACACUACUCUUUGUCUCAUUCAUUCUUUUUUCUAAUAUCACUUUUUUGCAUUUCUUUAUUCAUUCUUUUUCUUACAUCUUAUCUCGCUUCCUUUCUUGCUUCUCCUCUCUCUGUCUCUUUUAUUAACCUUAUACCUUUCUCGUCUCACCUCAGCUCCUUCCUCCUCUCAUUUCUUGUCUUCGUCUUUCUCUUUUCUUUCUUUCUUUCUUUCUUCAUCUCAUUUUUUUCACUUUUUUCUAUCUUACUCUGCAAUUCAUUAUUUUACACUCUCUCACUUUCCUUCUUUCUUUCUUUCUUUCAUCUUCUUCUUUUUUUCUUAAAUACCUCUUCUUCUUUCUUUUCUGAAAUACCUCUCUUUCUUUUUCUUAAAUACCUCUUUUUCUUAAAUACCUCUUCUUUUUCUUUCUUUUUCUUAAAUACCUGUCUUUUUCUUAAAUACCUCUUCUUUCUUUUUCUUCAAUACCUCUUCUUCUUCUUUCUUUUUCUUAAAUACCUCUUCUUCUUCUUCUUUUUCUUCUUUCUUUCUUUCUUUUUCUUAAAUACCUCCUAUUUUCCUCUUUUAUUUUUUACUCUCUACCUUAUACAAUUUCUUUCCUUCUCUUUCUCCUGCUCAGUUUAUUUAUCUACUUUUUCCUCGCACGAAAGCAGCUUUUCACGUGAUGCAUCCCCAACCCACCUACCCAGGCUUCGUCCUUGCCCUUGUCAUCUAAACCACCCUUCCCAACACUUCCUAUACACAAAAGAAGCGAAAGAAAUCUUGUUAGAUAAAAGUGUUUAG